GGCGGGAAAUGUAGUCCGCCGUUGCGGGAGGCGAGCGGGAGCCGGUUCGGGGUCUCGGCGGGUCCCGGGCCGGGCGCACGAUGGCCGGGGUGGGCUUCGAGGAGUUCUCGGCGCCGCCGGGCUCGGAGCUGGCGCUGCCGCCGCUGUUCGGCGGCCACAUCCUGGAGAGCGAGCUGGACACGGAGGUGGAGUUCGAGGCGGGCGGGCUGGGCGGGGCCGGCCUGCGGGAGCGGGACGAGGAGGAGGAGGCGGCCCGGGGCCGGCGCCGCCGCCAGCGCGAGCUCAACCGCAGGAAGUACCAGGCGCUCAGCCGCCGCUGCCGGGACAUCGAGCAGGUAAAUGAGCGUGUCCUCAAUCGGCUCCACCAGGUCCAGAGGAUCACCCGGAGAUUGCGGCAGGAGCGGAGGUUCCUCAUGAGAGUCCUCGACUCUUAUGGUGACGACUACAGGAAAAGUCAGUUCACCAUCGUCCUGGAGGAUGAGAGCAGUCACGGUCCUGACGCCCCAACCCCAGGCAACGCAGAGAAUGAGCCGCCUGAGCGGGAGGGGCUGUCCCCGGGGGGACUCCCGCGGAGACCCCCCGGACCUCCCGUCGGGGGGACCCUGGAACCCAGUAGCCCUACUCCAGGGGAGGGCCCCAGUGGGAGGAAGAGGCGCCGAACCCCCCGAGACGGACGCAAGACAGGAGCCGGGCUCCUGCCACCGGAGCUCGGCCCCGGUCAGAUCAAAACCGAAGACGAUUUUGGCUUUGAACCCGAAGAAACGCUGGGCUCGAGCUGGGCCUCCCGGGGCUCUGACAAGCUGCUCCAGUAUCCCGGCCUGGUCAGUCCUCCCUUUGACUGACACCCCAGACAAUAAACACCUUCCCGCCCUUCA